UGCAGGUUCUGGCUAGCGGUCCAGGAGGUGAAGAAGAGGCCAAUCCGGGAGGUCCCGACCCGGGUUCAGGAGAUCUGGCAGGAGUUCCUGGCCUCUGGAGCUCCCAGUGCCAUCAAUGUUGAUUCUAAGAGCUACGACAAGACCACCCAGAAUGUCAAGGACCCUGGACGCUAUGCCUUUGAAGACGCACAGGAUCACAUCUUCAAGCUGAUGAAGAGUGACUCCUAUAGCCGCUUCAUCCGUUCCAGUGCCUAUCAGGAGCUGUUACAGGCCAAGAAGAAGAAAAGUAAGAACUUGUUUUGAAGGAUUUUGCUUCCAGGGGAAACCCCUUACAUCAAAGAGGCUGACCAGUCUUGUGCCAUCAUGCUAAAACAUAGCCACUCUCGGAUAUAGAGGAGGACCAUAUCAUUUCUACGUCAUCGCCGUUUGCUUUCCACUCAGACGAUGAGCGGGACAGUACAUCAGAUGUUGCAUGUCCAAGGAGAAGACUUGUUAUUCCUUUUACCUGAUCUAUGUCUACUAUUGGAAAGGAGAGGCAUUUGGAGACUUUUGAAAAUAUUGGGGCUGGAUAAUGCCUUUCCAGAAAGUCAGUGUCCAGUUACUUACACCAUAUCUGAUGGACACGUAUGUCCCUCUCCAGCUGAGCUAAUAAUGUCAGAAAUGUAAAAAAAUGAAGGAAACGUGAGCUUAACAGUAAAAUCUAUUCAAAAUAUCAUCACUAUACAGUACUCGAUCUGUAAUCACAGAUACUUUGGUCACGCUAAGGGAAGUGUUGUGCGGUAUGCAGAAAUGUAAAUUGUUAUGUUCAUUUUGCAUUGAUUUUAUUGCACUACAAUAAUUAGCACAGUUUUCAUUACACUUGUAAAGUCACAUUUGAGCUGUAAGAAAAGGUGUUUUCUGUCUUAUGUAAAACGUAAUUCUUUGUUACUCUCUCCUGCAUUUAUUUUUAUACCAUAUUUAAAGACACUUAAAAUGUAUUAAAGUUGUCCCUUUAUCUGUU